UCAGCUUUCAUUUGCUCUUCAGGACAUUACAGCAGCUUUGAUGCAGGCUAUCUUAUUUAACUCUCCUUUCUUUAUGAAAAAUAUUCAUUGUAAUGCAAGCCAAGUGGGCUCGUUGUGCACUUUGAAUGCACCACAGAUGACAUUUUUUCCACAAAAUCCAAGUUAAACUGAUUUAGCCUGUAUUUAAAAAUCUGUAUUUCCAAUAAUAAUACAUCUAGAACUAGAUGUAUCGGAUGAGCAUACCUUAACUGACAGCAGAGGCAAAGCUACUCCAGAAAGAAGGCCAGGUGAAAAGCAUUGCCUCCAAUCAGACUCCUGAGCAGCACCACAGCAGCGACACUCCUUGUUUGCUUGACAGGUAAAAUAACUGCAGCAGAAACCACAGAGGAAGUUGCUCAUCAUGCUACAUGCCACCAGACUGCUGUUUGUCGUUGUGCUGGUCUGUGCAGCUGUCAUGUCAUUGAUCAUGUGUUCUCCUCCUGCAAGAGCCAGUCCUGCAGUGAGAGUCCGAGGAGUGAAGAGGUCAUUGAAUUCUGCGUAUCUGUCGCCCUCUUCUGGACGUCAAUCAAGCCAGGGAGCUUUGAGUGCAGAUUCCAAAGCAGACAUGUUAGGAUCCUCAAACCACCUUCUGCCCAGUCGCCCUCAGCACAGAGGACAAAGCAAAAGUAUGUACCCAGCCUUCAUCAGGAGACCAGCUCCUUUCAUAGCUGGGCAUUUGUCACAUCAGAGCUCCGGGAACCCGACAGAAGAUGCAUUUGAAGAUGCUUCCAGAGUGGACACGAGCAGAGGAGGUAGAACCACAUGGAAAACAUCAUCUGGACGCUAUAUGAGUGCUUUGCUGUCAACUCCGGCAGGGCGUCACGGAGGUCAUAAGGACACCGAGGAGCUCUCACCCAGUGAGAGAGAUGCCAUUUGGAGACCAAAGAAGUUCCAGUCGUUUCUCUUCAAAGACUCACAGCCACCUUUAGUUGCAAUUAGUGCACAAGAAGAUCCAGCAUAUAGACAGCAAGAUGAAGAAGUUAAAGAGUACAGUCCUUAUUUAGUGCAAUCAGACAGUGAACAAGAACGUUUGCCAGUUUUAGCUGCCAUCUCUGGAGGUGUCACAGGUGCAUCGUUAGGAAGCUUACUGCCCCCUGUUGCACAUUUUCACUCAAGCAGCAAAAAAUCAUUCAGGUCAGAUGCUAUGACCACCAGAAAGCCUGUAUCUGCAGAAAAUAAAUUGGUUUUUAAACAUGCUAACUGGGCAUCCUCUAUGGCUUUUCCUGGCUUCUCUCCAGCAAACAAAGGCCAUACAUUCAAAAUAACCAACAUUUAUCCCUCGUUGUCAUCAAAAUACAGUUUCAGCCAAAGAAGAGCCUUUCAGUCCAGCCGGCAGAACAUCUCAACUGUGUCCCAGCAAGCCAGAAUCCUGGAUCUCAGUCUGCUCAGGGGCUACAAAGAGAAUCAAACCUUGGGCUUUUCACCCUUUAGCACUUUAAAACCAGCAGAGGUCACCAAAUUGUCAUCGAACAAGUCUGUCGUCCAACAGAUUUUUGAAGGUUUGGAACCCUCUCAACUGAGACAUCUUAGUGCGAGCACAAUUCCAAACCAGGCGCAAAAUGAGUCCAACAGCAAAGAAAUGCAAAAUGAAAAGCAAAGAGCAGCGUUUUCACCCCCAUCACUCGGCUUUGUGGUCUCAUCAGCUUCUCUUAGGCCAGUGGGCGGCGGCAAAAUCACUGAAAAGGGAGCAGGAUUGAGGCCUAAUGGCACAUCAAGGAAGCUUGCUGAGAGGAGAGCCAGGCUCCUCAGCACUUUCACCAGCAGUACAGUGAGAGGCGUUCGCGGCCAUGCAAACGACACCAAAUUCAAACAUUUCAAAAUGCCUGCUUUUGAGAACUGGCCCAUAGUCAGGCGGCCCAAGAAACCAGCAAGUAGGAAUGUCACAUUGGAAAGCUUCACAUCAACAACACAGACGCCUGGCACGGCAUCUUUUCCAAACAGCUUGGAGGAGUUGAUGCAGGGCAGAGACAACACAAGCUGGGACGCACGUGGUCCAACCAUGCAGAGUGAGAGCAACACUACAACAUGGCAGAUGUUUAAUGACACUGAGCCGUUGGACAUGGCUGAUAGUUUGGAGACUGGGAGUGAGGCUCUGGAGGAAGAUUUAUUGGAACUACAUUACCUCCAAAUUUCAACAAUUAACACGUCCUUCAAGUCAAUUAAUAACCUGGAUGCACAGCAGGAAGAAUGAACCAAUAAAAGAUGGAGAACA